CCUAAAAAAAAAAAAAAAUUAACCAAGAAUUCUCUAGAUCUCUAAAAUUAAAAACAAAUUAAAGAAGUUUCAAAAGGUAGACAAAAAAUCCGAUCUUUUUAGCGUUUUUCGAUCUGAUCUUUAAUUUCUCAUCUUCUUCUUCUUAGUAGACGGGAAUUGAUCUUAAUUGCAAACCUAUUUUGCUAAUUUAGAUUUUUGUACGUCAAAACCGAGCCUCUUUUGUUUUUUAUUUUAUUGUCUUAGGGUUUGAAAAAUGAACGAUCAGCCGUCACCGUCAAUCAUGAAUCAGCAGCCACCGCAAUUGAUGGGUCAGCCACCUCCGAUUCAUCUGCAAUCACUGAUGUUGAGUCACAGUCAAGCCAUGAAUCAACCACAGCCGUUGAUGAUGAUGAUGAACCAGAGACCUUUCAAGAAGUUUCAAAAUCCGUCGAAGUUUAAUAAUAAUUUUGUUCCUUCAAAGCCUAGAAGCAGCAACAACAGCAGCAGCAACUGGAAGGGUAAAAAUGCCAACAACAACAAAAGACUGGAAAAUUCCAAUAAUAACCCUGGUUUAUCUUGUGGUGUUAGUGGCGGCGGUGGCGGAGGGUAUAAGCCACCGAGUUUGAAUGAAUUGCAAACACAAAACAGAAUGAAAGCGCGGAAAUAUUAUCAUCCAAAGAAGAAAUUUAAUAAUAGGUUCGCGCCUUAUGCGCCGAGGAAUACGACGUCGUUUAUUAUCCGGGCGAAAAAAUCCGGUGGGAUUGCUUCGUUGGUUUCUCCGUGUCCGGUGACUCCGGCAAUGUUGCCAACUCCGAUAUUUUCGCCUUCGAGGGAGGUGUUAGGUGAUAUGGCGAAAGAGGAGUGGGGUGUUGAUGGGUAUGGAUCGAUGAAGGGUUUGAUUAGGUUGAGAUCCCCUGGAAAUGAAGCGAGUGAGGAUGAUGAGGAUGAUGAGGAGAGCGAUGUGGAAGAGCAUGUGGAAGUGGAAAGGAGAUUGGAUCAUGAUUUGAGUAGGUUUGAGAUGAUUUAUCCGAGCGGUGGUGGUGUUGGAGGGGAGUAUAGUUAUAAUAAUAAUAAUGUCUUGGAGAAUAGGGUUGAUGAUCAGGACACGCAUAUAGCGCAAUUGGAAGAGGAGAAUUUGACUUUGAAAGAGAGGUUGUUUUUGAUGGAGAGUGAGUUAGGGGAUUUGAGGAUGAGGUUGCAGUUUUUGGAGAGGCAUCAGCAGCAUGGUCAGAGUAGCAGUAGUGCUAUGGUUUUGGAAGAUGUUAAUGAGGAGGUUGUGGAGAAUGUUUCUGAGAAUGAGAGUGAUGGAGGAUCUGAUAUUGGUGUGAAUACUGUAGCUAACGACGGUAACGAGGAGGUGAUGGAGUGUGUAAGAAAUGUUAGUAAUUUUGAUAAGGAGGAAGGGGAGUGAUGAUGUUUGUAUGGAAGAAAAUGUACUGAUGAUCAAGUUAUCAUGAAGCAUGAGGUCAAGGAUGAGAAGGCAGGUAGUGGAUUUGUUAAUGAUGGGGAAAAAGGAGACGAUUUUGUAGCUACUGAUGCAGAAACAGUGAAGGUUGAUGAAGCAAAUGAUGAAGAGGGAAAGCUAACUUUUACCAGACCGUCUGGUUUCAAAGGUGGAGGAGCCUGUCCAAAGGUGAUACUGCUGACAACAGGGUUGUGCAAGACAAAAUGGUUUCAAAGGAGGACACUUCUCAUGAUAAUCAAGUGUCCUUAGAGAAGAGCAUUGGCGGUGGUGACUAAUGUUUUGUCCCGCGUUAAUGGAAGGGAGGCCUGCUGUUCUGAUCUGUGCACAUGAGAUCUGAAACUUUUGAGCCUGAAGAACUUCUUCCUCUGAAAUCCCAGGUUGUUAUGACAUGAAGCCAUAGAAAAUUACAUAUGAUUGGGUGAUAGUGGAUGGUAGGUUUAUUACCCUCUGAUUCCAGAUAUGAUUAGAAGUAGAAAACCGGCUGUUUGGAGAUUCUAAUAAAACUUUCCCAUCUGAGACUCUGAUUACAGUUUCCAGUUUGACAAAUGCUGGGAAUUUUGGUUGCGUGUUGCUCUUGGAACUUUGCUUAUUAGUGCUAAACUCGUACUUUUGAUGCCAAUAACUGUUAUUGCUUAUUGUUGUUUGUAGUCAAAGAGGGUAGAGUUGCAUUCAGCUCGACACUUUUGGUCUCUCUCCGUCUGCUUUAAGCCGUGUUCCUGCAUUCCUUUACCCGACAUGAAGAUGGCAGCAAUUAUUUGUCUGCCGUAUCAGGUUCAUUGUUAAUACAAUGUUAUUUGUCGAAUCUUGACAGGAUUCAUGCUCAUGCUAUGUUAGCUUAUGUGUCUAUAAUCUAGUCAUGAAGUGAGUGAUAGGUAAUUAACAUUUACAGUUUUUGUGGGGGCAUCAUUCAUGGUGGAGAACCGUAGGGUUCUUGCUUAAUCUUUGAAAUCAAGAAAAGGCCAAAUCCUUGUUUCCUGUGUGCUUGAACCUUGAAAACCCAGCUUCCAAGAUGCGUGGCUAAUCCACGAAGCAACCUUUCAUGAUUUGUUUUUUUACUUUGGAUACAAGGGGUCCUAUAGUAGAGUGUACUUUUAAUUGUUUCCAUAAGAAUAUUUCAAACAUCACAGCUGCAUGAGAAGACUAAGAUUUUUCCUUUAAA